UUAGAGAGGACGCAGUCACGCCUGUGACUGUGUGAUACACUAGACUGUAUUGCUGCUACUGCAUUCUCUCUCCAAUUCCAUGCAUUUUUGCUUUUUUAAAUUCUUAUUGCUUCUUUCACAUGCCAAACUCUUCGAGUACAAUUGCCGUUACUUUUAUUCCUCCUUAUGAAUGCGUUACUGCUAUGUUAUAAAUAGAUGCUUUGUUCUUGUUGCUCCAUCUGUCGUGUUCUUUUGUUGACAGGGUGGUGAAAAUUGAAUUAUGGCUGAUGAUGGUGCUGAUCCAUUUCCAGUGUUGACAAGUGUGUAUAGAGUAUCUGGUUCCAAAAACAGUCAGCUGGGCUGGAAUGUAGCCAAUUCUCAGCAAACUGUUGACUCCAGUGUAAACAACUCAAGGCAGUUACAGAGCAUUUCUGAUGGCAGUGCUCCAAGACCCUGGUUUUCUCAAAAUUUUAGACCAAAUGCAUGGGAAGUUCCAAGUGUGAUUCAGAAGCUGAGGCCGGCAAAGCGGGGUAAUGACGGAUUGGCUUUGACGGGAAGUGGAAUUUUGAACGACAAGUUGCCUCCUGAGUCAGUAAUAUCUCCAACAUCAGAGACAGAGAGAGGGACAGGGUUAAAUUCAUCUGUUGGAGUCGUUACAACUACAUCCAAGGAUUGUGAAAAUGUUGAAUGCAAGGACAAGGAUAAGAGAAUCCCAGAACCCCAAUGUGAAAACAACAAUGAUCAGAUUGUUGACAAUGGAUCUGAUAUUGUUUUUGAUAGUGAUGAUGAUUGUUUUUUAGAUGACAUUGACUCAGAUACUGGAGAGAGAAGCCAUGAACAGUGCAAAAAGAGCAAGUGGCUCAGGAAUUUCUUUGAUAAAUUAAAUGCACUCACCAAUGAGGAGAUAAGUUCAUUAGACAGGCAGUGGCAUUGCCCAGCAUGCCAAGGGGGUUCUGGUGCUAUUGAUUGGUACAAAGGGCUGCAUCCCCUUUUGGAUCAUUCCAGAACAAUACAAACAAAGAGGGCAAGACUGCACCGGAUGUUUGCUGAAACUUUGGAGGAAGAGUGUUUCAGGAGAAGAGCUCCAUUAACAACAGUCAGUGACGUCCAUGAUAUAUGGGAGGGUCUUGGUAAGAAAGUCAAGGAUCAUGAAAUAGUUUGGCCCCCAAUGGUUAUCAUCAUGAAUACAAGAUACGAGCAGGACGAAAGUAACAAGUGGAAUGGAAUGGGGAACCAAGAACUCCUUGAUUGCUUCUGUGACUAUGCAGCGUUGAAGGCUCGACACUCGUAUGGUCCACAAGGGCACCGAGGGAUGAGUGCCUUAAUUUUUGAGGAAUCCACGGCAGGUUAUCUAGAAGCCGUGCGGCUCCACAAGCAUUUUAAAGAGCAAGGAAGAGAUAGGGAGGCUUGGGAUUGCUAUCGGAAUCCAUUUCUCCCAGGUGGGAAGCGCCAACUUUAUGGUUACUUGGCUUCUAAAGAAGAUUUAGAUAUUUUCAACAAGCACUCUAGAGGAAAGACAAAAUUGAAGUUUGAAAUGAGAUCAUAUCAAGAGAUGGUUGAGAGCAAGAUAAAACAUAUUAAUGAUGAUAGUCGGAAGCUUGACUAUUAUAAGAGCAUGGUAGCCAAAGAACAAAUCAAAUCACAAGUAGGUGCAGACUCUUUAUUGAGAUUAAGUGAGAAGUUAAGCUUGACAACCGAAGAAAACCGUGUUGAUCAACAAAAUAAGGAGAUGGAUGCACUAGAAAAAAAUUUCCAGAGCCAAAUCCUAGACAUUCAACAAGCCAUAGCUGCAAAGGAAGAUAAGUUUGUGAAAUUACAGCAGGCAAUGCAAGAAAAAGUGAAAGAGUCCUGCGGAGAAUCUUCUGAGAAAGAGGACAAGGUAGAAAAUAUCUCUUGUUUCCUGAAGCCCCAAGACAAGGAGAUGAAGCAGUUUGAGGCAGAGAGAGAGAAAAUCAUAAAAAUUCAUGAAGAGAAAAGGUUGGCUCUGAAGAAGAAGCAUUGGCAAGAGCAGGUUGAACUUGAGAAGGAGUUAGAGAAUGAACGGACGCAGCUCAUGGACAAGUACACUUGCAACCAGACUCAAGAAGAAAACUGUUAUGUGGAUCAUUAAGGAAAACAUACACAGAAAUGGAAAAAGCCAAAAGCAUCCACAGGCAUACAGAUCAUGCAGAGUACAUGUUAUGUGCUCUGCCACAUUUUCCAUGAAUUUAUACUUUUUUCUUUUGGUUUACUCUUGCAUUUAUUUUGAAAGUUGAAAAGUGAGAAAGUUAACAAGCCCCACCGGCACCAAAAUUCUGGUUCCAUUUUCGUUGAUACUUGAUAUAGUUUUGCUCUCAUUAUAUAUGUAGCGUGCAUGCUUUGCUUGCAAAUGGUUUCGAAUAUAAAUUUUCUGUUGAUUAAA